AUGUCUGCCGAGGAUAACUUGUAUACAUCAACAAUGGAGCUUCACCAGCCAGACAGCCAGAUUUCAAUUGACUUAGACAACGAGCCUAACACCUUCGAGAAUGAGAUAACCCAGCCUGAUUCAAACAUCCAAGAGGACCGGUCCCAGUACUUCGAUGCAAGCAGCAUGGCACCGCUUUCUCCAACCUCGGUGGCAGCCAUUGCCCGUUUAAGGGCGUAUAAACCGCCGCCUUUUGCGGUAUGGGAUCGUUUGCCGUUGAGCAGGCGAGCUGCAGUUUUGAUAUUGCUCUUUGCGGAUCGGCGGGGUGAUUUAAGGGUGGUUAUUACGAUGAGAGCUACGACGCUGAGGAAUUAUUCUGGACAUGCGGCAUUUCCAGGAGGAAAGGCAGAUACACUUGAAGAAACACCUUGGGAAAUUGCUCGUCGAGAAGCAUGGGAAGAAAUCGGGCUUCCCCUUGAUGACUCGAAAGUACCUCCUCCUUUUAGGAUAGAGCAUCUUUGCGAGAUCCCAUUCAGUCUCGCCAAAACCGCACUCGCAGUCCGCCCUUGUGUCGCAUUUCUCCAUUCCAACGAUAGCAGUGGCAGCCAAGCUUCCAGCGUGGAAGAAACCAUGAUUCCCCGCCUCGACCCCAAAGAAGUUGCAGCAGUGUUCUCUGCCCCCUUCCAUAACUUCUUAAGGGCGGAAGAUGAAGUUGCACUAGGGCAGAAUAUACCGGGCAAGAGAUCGGACUGGUAUAAUGGCGCUUGGACCGACUGGCACGAGGGGAAGUGGCGGAUGCAUAAUUUUCAUGUGCCGAUUAAUGAUCAGAAUGUUUCGAAACCGAAGAUUAGAGAGGGUGGACAGGCGGCUAUUGCAGAACAAUUGGAUGAGGAAGAGGAGGCGGGGAUGAUGAGGUAUAAAGUCUGGGGGAUGACGGCGAGGAUGCUGGUUGAUGCCGCGCGAGUUGCUUAUGACGAGGAUCCAGAGUUUGAGCACGAUGCCCAUAUAGGGGAUGAAAGAAUGAUUGGUAAUUUGGAGAGGAUGGGCAAGCUAGGUCCGAAGGUUCCUGGUGGCCCAGACCUUACUGAAUCGGAUCUAAAGACAGCAAUAUCUGAUAGCCGUAAGAAGUCCUCAGGCUCGGGUUCGAAGAUUUAG